AUGCAACUAGCAGCGUUUUCAUUUGUUUUGCCAACGAAUCUGUCAGAUGAUGUGGGAGUGUCAAAGCGAGCAAUCCAGAGAGCAGCCGAAAAAGCCCUGAAACUUGAUUUUAAUGUCAUUUGUUCAAAUGGUUCCUUCUCUUUCAUCACACAUGCCGAUAAGUACUGCCAAGCUUCUAAGCGCAAUAUUACCUGUUAUGUAUUUUCUAUAGUUUAG